AUGCCCACCGAGAAAAGGAAAGGCACUGCUAACGCAGCAGAGAGUGAGAAAAUAACACUGAAAAAAAUAAGAACUAGGAAAACAUGUGAAGGAUGCGAAACUCAAUUUUCCAGAUCUUAUUUUAUUUCUUCGCACAAACCCAAAUACUUUCAAAACAAUGAAUGGACAUGUGGAAUUAAAAAUUCUGCAAAGUCACCUAAUACUUCAACAAAUGUUGAUGAAAAUUCCAAAGAAAGUCCUUAUGACACUCCACAUACUGUAAUUAGUGAUGAUGAGUUUGAUGAUAGUAGCAACAUCGAACAAUUAAGAAACGGUAUGCGCGAUUUUAUUCGCAAGCGUCUUUGUAAACUGCCCAAUGAAGAUAUAGCAGAAGGGAAUAAUAGUGAUUCAGAAGAGAUUUGGAAUACUAUUUCUACAGAUGAUAUUCAGAUGGACAUUGGGGAUGUACAGGAGGUUCCAGCGAAAGCGGAAUCAAACAACACAUCGAUUACUUCAUUUACAAUAUGGUUUUGUCUCUUCAUCUGCACAUGGCAGAGUCCUUUCCAGCACGUAAAAUAUUCCAUAGGUGUAAUAUAUGCUGUUGUUCUCAACCUUCCCAGACAAUUAAGAUUCAAAUUAGAAAAUGUAAUUCUCAUAGGGAUAAUUCCAGAUAUGGGCAAAGAACCCAGUACGAACACAUUUAUCAAACCACUUGUCAACGAGCUAAAUGAAGCAUGGAGCAAAGGGUUUGAAGCUUUCUCAGCUUAUGCAAAUAAGAGUGUCGUUGUCAACGUUAUAGGUGUUGAGGAAUGUUACGGAACUAACUUUGUUACACCUAAUAUGCACCUACAUGCGCAUAUUGCAGAUUGUAUGUUAGACUAUGGACCGGUGCAUUCAUUCUGGUUAUAUAGUGUCGAACGAUACAAUGGCUACUUGGGGACACUUCCUAACAAUAACAGAUCUAUAGAAUUGCAGCUGAUGAGGCGUUUUAAUAGAAAUGCUCUGAUCUCCGAAAUUAAUUAUCCAGAACAUUUCAAAGGAGAAUUUUUACCUGUUUUAGAGAGUGUGACACAAGAAAAAGAAACAAACGGUGGUUAUUUGCGUGAUUCCAAAAAAAUGGAUUUUAUUUCCAUGUCUCUUCCUUCGUGUAUCAAACACCUACAGAAAUGGGACGAUACUGAAAAUGUAGAUUUGAAACAUGGCUCCCCUGCAGUUCUUGAUGAAGUUGAAAUUAAUUUCUUGAAACAAAUGUACAAAACAAUCUAUCAAUUGACUGAGGAUGAUGAUUGUGUUCUUUGUACCUCGUUCAUGAAAUUCAAGGCAGUGUCCUUAGGAAGUGAAACUUUAGGAUCAAUUAAGUCGAGAUAUUGUCGCUCUGCAUACAUGUACAUAAUGUCAAACUGGAACGCAGGAAACGGACAAAUUGUUGCUGAGAAUGACGACCGGUUGUGGCCAGGGAUCGUAGAGUAUUUCUUGCGUCAUAAUCUUGUUGUGAAUGGGAGUAGUAGGGUGCAUAUCCUGGCUAAAAUCACAUGGCUAGCACCAAAUCUGGAGCUGAAGAGACAUUGUGGGGCACCUGUUGAAGUAUGGUCUGCCAAUAUUUUUGAUGACAGUGAGAACAGACACAUUACAAUGAUUCUACGCAUUGUACAGUUACUUCUGUAUGUGGUACAUACUCAGGCUUACGAAAAUCUAGCUUUAGAGAGACCUGCCUGGCAGGAGCACAAAUUCCCAACUAAACCAAUAGCUUGGGGAGCAGAUAAAGCGGUGGAUGGAAAAUAUUCUAAUCGCUCAGCAGGAGGUGGACAGUGUACAAUAUCAGACGGAAACGAGACAGCUACUUGGACAGUGGAACUAGAGAGCGUGGCUAGCAUCAGUCACGUCAAUAUCUUCUACAGGACGGAAAAUCUUGCAAGUCCUGGUCCGUUCGUUGGUCGAUUUGCUGGGUUUUUCCUUUACGUAUCCAAUACUACAUCAAAACAGGGCAGUUAUCUUUGUUUCCAUGACCUACAAAACGAUGCCCGUACUCCAACAGAGAAUCAGACAAUAAGCUGUCCUGUACAUGGACGUUACGUUAUAUACUAUAACGAGAGGAGACGGGGUGUUAACUAUCCCGAUUACUACUCUUCAUAUGCUUACAACGAAUUGUGUGAACUGGAAGUGUAUGGUUGCAGCGAUCCAGGAAAGUAUGGUGAGAAUUGUGACCAAAACUGUCCAGAAAACUGUCAGGAACAAAGAUGUAACAUCACCUCAGGAGAAUGUCUGGGUUGUAAGCCGGGAUAUCAAGGUCUGAAAUGCAGCAGAUUGUGUGAUAAACACACUUACGGCUUGGAGUGUUCUCUGUCAUGUGGUAACUGUAGUGACGGAGAAACCUGUCACCAUGUCAACGGCACGUGUAUGAAUGGUUGUAGUGAUGGAGCAAAGGGAGAGAAGUGUCUUGAAGGAUGCGAGGCUGGAUCUUAUGGUAAAGACUGUGUACAGAAAUGCAGUGAUAACUGUGGUAUGCCAAACACAUGUAACAGGUUUACUGGGGAAUGUGAAGGAGAAUGUCAGACUGGGUGGAAAGGAGAACGAUGUGAUAAAAAAUGUGACGGUGGAAUGUACGGUUAUAACUGCAAUGAAACCUGUGGCCAUUGUCUUAAUGAUGCUCCGUGCUACCAUGUCAAUGGUACUUGUUUACAAGGGUGUACUUCUGGCUACGAAGAAUCUCUGUGUAUCAAAACUACAUCACCAACAGCGAAGAAGGAGUUCAAAAAUAUUUAUGAGAAUAUAGAAGUGACUUCAGAAUCCAGAAACCUGAGUGACGACGAUAUUGACAACGACGAGAAAAUUCAUGAGGAAAAUCCAUACGGAGAUUUCUAUUUGAAUGAGGAAACAGUUCCAGAUAUCAAUAUUGAUGAAAUGGAAAAUAUUAUUAAAGAGAAACGGCAAAAUGAAGACGAUGGCUUUCAAAGAGAGUAUGCAGCACUUCCAUACGGUGAAAGAUAUCCUUGUUAUGCUGGAAAACGGCCAGAAAACAUAACAAAGAACAGAUUCAAGACCACGUUUCCUUAUGAUCAUUCCAGAAUCAAAUUGUCCAACAGCCAGUCUGACUACAUCAACGCCAAUUAUAUUGAUGGUAUUGAUAAGACAGAUGAAUAUAUUGCAUCACAAGGACCUCGACAGAACACAGUGACAGAUUUCUGGUCCAUGAUUUGGCAAGAGAACGUCCACCAAAUAGUUAUGCUUACCAACCUCAAAGAAGGCAACAAAGCAAAGUCUGACAAGUACUGGCCUGAUCUACAACACUCGGCUACAUUUGGUCUGAUUUCCUUACGCACGGAGGAAGAACAAAUCUAUGCCUAUUAUAUAAUCAGGAAAUUUAGAGUUACACAUAAAGUGCUUAAAAGAUCUCGCCUAUUAACCCAGUACCACUAUACUGCCUGGCCAGACCACGGAACACCAGAACCGCUCUGUCUUGUAAUUUUCCAUGACCACGUUACAAGGACAAAAGAUAAACAAAAAAGUGGUCCAACAUUAGUACACUGCAGCGCGGGUAUAGGUCGCACGGGUACAUAUAUCGCUAUUGACGCUUUAUACAAGGUGGGCAAAACAGAAAGGAAAGUCAACAUCGCGGAAUAUGUGAAAAAAAUGAGAGAACACAGAAUGAACAUGGUUCAGACAUAUGAGCAAUACAUGACUAUCUUUCUGGCUCUUGACGCCAUGUUCAAAGCUCCUCCAUGUGUACACACCAAAACUGAAUUCUUAAGGAGAGCAGAGUUAAUGGCUCGAGAUAAACCCGCUAAUGAAAGUGAACUCGGAAAGGAGUUCCAGAAUCUUCUACGAGUGCGACCAGCGUUUACAUACGUGGAUUACAAGAUUGCUCUACAAAACGGAGGUAGUAAAUCGUCUGUUCUUCCACUUGAUAAAUACAUCCUCUUCCUGUCUUCAAGUGUACCAAAACGCGGGAAUUACAUUAACGCGGUUACUCUGCCUUCAUACACAAAUCCAAGUGCAUUCAUAAUAACACAUAAUCCCUCACCAGAGAACGCUGUUGACUUUCUGCGCCUACUCACUGAUCAUGAGUCAGACGUUCUGAUUUGUAUGGAUCCUCUUAAUGAAAUUGAAUCAAGAAAGGCAUGGCUACCUGUCCUCAACAGUUCAAAAACUGUGUCCCCAUACACAGUACACUGCAAGCAACAGCAAGUUAGUGAUAUUAAAUGUACCACAAUCAGCUGCAUUAAACAGAAAAUGGCAAACAUCGGAGGAUUUUCAGUGUCGAUCAUAGAGCCAAAAGAAAACCUGACAACCACUGAUCAUUCCCAUGCAAUAGUGCAGAUGUUACGUCUGGUUUCCUAUACUUUACAAAGUGAAAGCGAGGGUCCUAUAACCAUAAUCAGCAGGGACGGAGCAGUCCUCUGUGGUGUAUUUUGUGCUGUAUAUAACACGCUACAACAGUUGUCUAUGAACGGAGAGGUGGACAUUUUCUCUACGGUCCGUCAGUUACAGAUAAGACGUCCAGAACUCUGCUCUUCAAUGGACGAGUACAGGAUGAUUUACGAUGUGGUGUUAGAUUACAUCCGGACACAGGAGGAAAAUGUUUACUUCAACCAGUAA